AUGGCGCGCACCAAACAGACGGCGCGCAAAUCCACGGGCGGAAAGGCCCCGCGCAAACAAUUGGCCACGAAAGCCGCCCGCAAGUCGGCGCCCGCCACUGGUGGCGUGAAGAAGCCGCACCGCUACCGCCCGGGAACGGUCGCGCUGCGGGAGAUCCGCCGGUACCAGAAGUCGACGGAGCUGCUGAUCCGCAAACUGCCGUUCCAGCGACUGGUGCGCGAGAUCGCGCAGGACUUCAAGACGGACCUGCGGUUCCAGGGCUCGGCCGUGCUGGCCCUGCAGGAGGCGGCCGAGGCGUACCUUGUGGGUCUGUUUGAAGACACGAACCUGUGCGCGAUCCACGCCAAGCGCGUGACGAUCAUGCCCAAGGACAUUCAACUGGCGCGUCGCAUCCGUGGCGAGCGCUCGUAA